AUGAAUGUACUUCGAUCACCUACUGGAAGCGACACGAACUUUGAGCGUAGUGGUUCCCAACCAAAUCUAUCAAACAUGCCCAGUGCGUCAAUCUCCGAACCCUCAACGAUUACUUUUCGUAAUAAACGCAAGCAUUCCGACGGCGAAUAUGAUCAGGUCCAAUGUCAACUCUCUGAUAUUCAGAAAAAAAUGACAGAAAUGAUGACACUCUUAACUUCAUCAAUUAAUGUGCAGAAAGAAAGUGCUAAUGAAAUUAGGAAUGACAUCGCAAUGAUAAGAUGUGAAAUUCAAGACAUUAGAGAUGCUAUGCGGUCGACUGAGCAACGGACAACAAACCUAGCCACAAAUCAAAGUAACAUUCAAGACGAAAUACAAAGUCUCAAAAACUUUGCACACAAAGCUGGGGAUACAUUUGUGUCACUGGUGUCUAAUGUAGAAAACUUAAAAAAUCUACCAAGCUAUACAUCUAUAAAACCCGCUUUACUUUCGCUGGUCUAA